AACAUUGAAGCAUGCAUACUAUGCUGUAUCUCUUGCUUGAAUGGGUCAUGGGCGAAACCGCAGAUAAAUUACUGGGAAAGGAACAACGCAAUGUGGGGACAAUUUAGAUUAAAUAUAAAUAUCAACUUACCGACAACGCUUUAUCUAAGAACUCGCACAUGAAGAUGAAGCCGCAUAUCACUGUGCUGGCACGUUGUUUCGACUAUGUAAGGUCAAGGAGUCAGCUCUCCUCCAAACUACCGCUGAAGUCAUCCUUGUGGAGCUAUCAAUGGAUCUCUUCACGAUUCACGCACACGGACAACGCUGGAAAAGCGUUCUACAUAACAACCCCAAUCUUCUAUGUAAAUGCUGCUCCUCACAUUGGACACCUUUAUUCAGCAGUGACUGCUGAUUGUUUGCACAGGUCCAAACUCUUGCAGGGAUUCAACUCUAGAUUUGCAACUGGCACUGAUGAGCAUGGACUGAAGAUUCAACAAGCAGCAGAGUCUGUGAAUAAAGAUCCCCUCACAUUCUGCAGUGAAGUAUCUGAGCGAUUUAAACAGCUCUUUGUAAGAAGCAACAUUUCUUACACAGAUUUCAUUAGAACCACUGAAAACCGACACCACAGCACAGUUGAGCAUUUCUGGACUGUGCUUCACCAGAAAGGGUUAAUUUACAAAGGAGCCUAUGAAGGAUGGUACUCCACACAAGACGAAAGCUUUCUCAUGCCAACUCAGGUCACCGAAGCCUCUGAUGUCAAUGGGAAUAUAAUACAGAUUUCCACUGAGAGUGGUCACAAGGUGGAGUGGAUGAAGGAGGAGAAUUACAUGUUCCGCCUCUCUGAGUUCCGUUCUCCACUGCUACGGUGGCUGAAGGAGAACCCAAACGCAGUGCAGCCAGAGAGGUUCUACCACAUGGUGCUCCAGUGGCUGGACAACGAACUGCCAGACCUGUCCGUCUCUCGACAGAAAAGCCGACUCCAUUGGGGCAUUGCUGUGCCAGGUGACCCGGAGCAGACAAUCUACGUGUGGCUUGAUGCCUUGGUGAAUUACCUCACAGUUGCUGGGUACCCAGGGAACCACAGUUUGUGGUGGAACGCUGCCCACCACAUUGUUGGAAAAGACAUCCUAAAAUUCCAUGCUAUAUACUGGCCGGCAUUCCUGAUGGCAGCGGGAUUGCCUCCUCCACAGGUCAUCCAUGUGCACUCGCAUUGGACGGUGCAGGGCAGGAAGAUGUCCAAGAGCCUCGGAAAUGUGGUGGACCCCUUAGACACAUCGCAGAGAUACACUGUGGAUGGCCUGAGAUAUUUCCUUCUUAGGCAAGGGGUCCCAGACCAUGACUGUGACUACGACGAUGCCAAGUUGGUGAAGCUGCUGAACAGCGAGCUGGCCGACACCCUCGGAGGACUGCUGAACCGAUGCACAGCUCCUACACUAAACCCUACUCAGGUCUAUCCCCACUUCUGCUCCAGCUCCUUCCCUGUAAAUACUACCGAAGAACCUACGGGCAGAGCUAAGCCAGAAGAUUACAAAAUGGUGGAGUCGGUCACUGAACUUCCAAGCGCAGUACAAGAGCACUUUGAGAGCCUGCACAUCUACAAGGCUCUGGAGGCCAUCAGUGCAUGUGUCCGGCAGACGAAUGGCUUUGUCCAGAGGCAUGCACCAUGGAAGCUCGACUGCACUGAUGCCUGCGAUAAACGGUGGCAUGACACCAUUCUCCAUGUGUCAAUGGAGUGCCUGAGGAUCUACGGCACCCUCCUUCAGCCUGUGGUACCUGCACUGGCCGAUAAGCUGCUCUCCAGGCUGGGGGUGAAGCCGGAGGAGCGCACCUGGGAGGCCGUGCGCUUCCUGGAGCGGUACCAUGGGAGGACCUGCUCUUUUGAAGGCCGAUCACUGGGGCCUGACACUGGUGUGCUUUUUGAUCGCCUUGAGAAAGACACGGGUAAAGAGAAGCCCAAAAAGAGCAAGAAAAUGAAACCACCCUCUCAAUAAAUGUUUAGGUCAUGCCUCUUUUUUUUUGUUGGUAAUAAAGUUUGUUGGA